AGGUAUUACCGCGUGAACAUGUCUCAAACGGCGUUGACGAAGUUUUACAACACGCGGAGGUGUAAAGCUGAAGUGAUCGGAAAAACGGCGAAAGCUAGCUUGAAAGAGAGCACUCUGCCGAUGAACGUCGCUGCUGUUGAUGUAAUGACUGCAUCCACCGAAAAUCAACCUGUUGUUGAUCGUCGUCCCGUCACAAGGGCAUUAGGAAAAGCGAAGAAAAGUGCUCCGGGGACAUCUGAUAUACGAAAAUACAUGCGGAAGCAGGAAUCCGCUCUUGAAAGUAGUCAUGAUCAGAUUACAUCCGAAGUUGACGUUCCGAAGGAAAAAAUAUCGAUGUCUGAGAAGCGCCAUGCCUCCUCAGCAAAUGAUCUUGAGGAUGGUGCGGUGUUUCCAAAACGUUUUCGGAAAUUAACGCCUGUAAAAGAAACUCCGGAGCGCAAGCCGAUUGCAGGAUGUGAUGAGAAUUCGCCGUUGAAACUGAAGAAAUUUCGAAACGUUAUGGAGCUUAAGGCGCGGUUAGCUCAGUUGAACGAAAAGACGAGAAAGCUUGAGGAAAAUCGCGGAGUUCCUGAGCUUUCGCCGGAUUGCAAAGCUUCUAAUACAGUUACAUUAACCGUUCCGUCUAGCUCUGCUGGGUUUUCCGUCAGUCUGAGCCCUAACGCGAAGAUGAAUCAGAACAAAAAUACGGAAGCUAUUCCAGCGUUCAAGCGCUACAAGCAUCUUCUUCAGGAUGCACCCGAAAUCCCAAUGUCGACGAAAACAACGGAGGAAUGUUCCUCGUCUAUGAUGGCCUCGCAUGCUGUGGAACUUCCUGUUGCGUGUGCAUCGUUGCUGGAAUCCUUCAAAGCUCUUGACAUGAUUGUUUUCUUGUUGAUCAAUCGGAAGGACGUACCGAUUUAUUUCGAAAAAGUAAAGGCGAAGGUUCGUCAGCUCUCGGGCAGAGUUUUCAAUGAAGCAACUUUGGGAAGAAUUUGCGCAGUUUUCCCGAAUGCCUUUGAUUUGGCUGUGGAAGAAAUAGAAGUUCUUGAAAUGGCGGGCAAGAAAAAAGCGUACCAUUUGAUUCUGCGUCCGAAGUAUGGAACUAACCCAGUGGAUGGAUUGAAUCAUCGUGUCGCUGCCGAAAUUCUCAAAGAGAGACUAUCUGUGAUGAAACAAAAUUUGAUGAAAUAUGUUCUUACGAAGCAUGAGGCAUUCUUGAGUACUUUGGCUUCACCUCUAACUGUGAAUCCGUCAGAAGUCAAGCGGUGGCAUCCUGAAUUCCAUUUGGAUCAAGUUAUUCCUCCCGACCCCGUUGAAUUGCCGAAAAAGCCAGUCGCUGCCCGUCCAGCGACAGCAAAUGAGGUUUUGCUUCAAGCAUCGCGGAAUCUUUUCGAUGCUUGUCCAAGAAUGGUUUCCGCCUUACAAAAGACGCGUGAUGCUUCUGAACCUCCGAAAAAUGACAAUCCGCAGAAAUGUGAGACUCCGCUGAUCUCAUCCACCAACUUCGCGAUCAACAAACCCGUUCCGAAAGAACUGAAAAAAUUCAGCUCAAAUUUGCUGGAGAAGAUCCGUGCAAGAGAAGCUCAGAAAAAUGUGCGAUCGAUGUUGCGUUCCGACGAUGAGGAAAAGCGUUUGAAGCAAUUGCAGCGACUUCCAGAUUUGGCACGGAUCGCCCACAACAUUUUUGUCUCUGAGAGAAAAGAUGUGAUUCCACUUGAUGUAGUAGUCGAUCGUAUAUCUUACAGCUACACUGGGGCGCUGUCAAAAGGUGAUAUACGCAAACAUGUCGAACUACUGACGGCGGAAAUGAAAGGUGUGAGGAUUCAGAAUUCUGUUGGAACUGGCCUUCCUGAAGACUGGAUACAGAUAAUAUCGUCAAGUGAAGGCGCACAAUUCAUUCGCCUUGACAAAAGAUCGGACCUCAAAGUGGUGGUCAACACUUUGCUCGAAAAAGUCAAGGCUGCGACGGCAUUCUAUAUGGAGAAACUAGAUUUUUCUGAUACCCCCAGUUUCCCCAAACAGUUGUUGCUUAAUUCUGGGGAUGGAGGCGAAGCACUUGUCGGCGAAUUAUCGGACUUGAGAUUACCCUCGAAGAAAAUUCCUGAGCGAACAGCAUUGAAGAUUGCACCAGUUGAAGGAUUCUGUAUAAAAUGCAAAGUAGUUGGCGCUCCGGCCAAAUCAAAGGGCAAGGUCUUCGUGAACAUGAUGCAUUGUUCCGAGAUUCCCGAACCCGGGGAACUUCUGUCUUCAGCCACCGAUGAAAAGCUGGUUGACAUACUUGAAUCCAGCGAUGGUGACGUGUCGGAUUCUCUACGCGUUCCGAUGAGCAUGGGAUCCCCGAGGGAUGAAAAAGACAAAAGUGGCGAACACUGCAAGGCGUGCGAUGUAGUUAUCAAUUCGAAGUUCUUCGAAAAAAUAAGUAACAGUUUAGUGAUGAAAACAUUCUUGAUCACAGUUACCCUGGACGGGUUGGAUCAGAAAUACGGCUUUGCUUUAGACAGAGACGAUUGGAUUAUCCUCAAAAACAAGAAAUAUUGUGGCACGAAAGCAGAUCAUAUCGUCCAAGACACUCUUGUAAAAGAAGUUCACGAACCUUUCAUGAAGAAACCUGAUCCCGAAGCUAAAACUGACUUUCUAUUGAGGGAAAAAAUAACCCGCCCUCUGAAGAGCGAGGAUUCGCCGCGGAAGACGCCAGUUCAUGAAUUCCGUCGAAAGGCCGACGUGUUACUUGCCAAAGUAGAACUUCCCUGUGUGGAUUCCUCUGCGGAGGUGCAAUUGGAAAUGAACGAUGACAGAAUAAUGGUCACAACUAACGAGUACCUCCUGGAUGUUUACUUGCCGGUUGUCCUGGAUUUUGACAAGAGUGAAGCAUUCUUUGAUGUGAAGAGCAGACAGCUCCCAAUGCCUCAUCCUGCAUAUAAGCCAGAACUGGGUGGGGAUCCGGGUUCGGCAAACUACGCGACACACGCCCGCGGGUCACGUGGCUCGGCCUUCAAUGGGUUAUUCAUUGACCGCGGCCGAGCGACGGUCGCAGGAAAUGAAAGCAUCUCGGCCACUGUCGGCUAA